AUUCAUAGGAUCAUGGUUGACCGAUUGGUAAAUAGUGAGGCCAAUGCCAGGCGUAUUGCUAUGGUUGAAAACUGCUUUGGCAGUUCUGGUCAGCCAUUACACGUACCUGGAAGAGUUUUGGUUGGCGAAGGUGUCUUGACAAAAAUGUGUAGAAAGAAACCAAAACCGAGACAGUUCUUUCUAUUUAACGAUAUACUGGUGUAUGGAAACAUUGUAAUCAACAAGAAAAAGUACAACAAACAGCAUAUUAUACCACUCGAAGAAGUGAAAUUGGAGUCUUUGGCUGACGAUGGUCAAUAUCGCAAUGGUUGGCUUAUAAAAACAGUAACAAAAUCAUUUGCUGUUUAUGCUGCCACUGCAACAGAGAAACAAGAAUGGAUGGCUCAUAUCACAAAGUGUAUCGAAGACUUAUUAAGAAAGAGUGGUAAGAAACCGGUUGAAGUUCAUGCAGCUGUCUGGGUACCAGAUAAUGAAGCAACGAUAUGUAUGCACUGUAAUAAAACACAGUUCACAGUCUUAAACAGACGGCACCAUUGCAGACAAUGUGGAGCUGUAGUAUGCGGACCGUGUAGCAAUAAGAAAUUAUUAUUGCCAGGACAAGGAAACGGAAAAGCAGUUAGAGUCUGUUUACAAUGUUUUGAUGCAGCUAGUAAAGUAAAAGCAUCGUCUCCAACUACUGACAGUUUGAAUAAUAAAUAUCAGCAACGGAAUUCUGCUGAUAGUUCAGGAGGAGAUAGUUCUGGUGACGACGAUGAUGGAAAUAAAGAAGAAAAUCACGACGAGCCUAAAUUUUACUCCACACUUGCUCGAUGAAGUUGUUCAGAUUGCUAUUAAAGCAAAAAUGCCUACAGACAGAGA